UUCUACAUGUGCGUGGAGGCGCUGAUCGCUCUGUUUCGCUGAAAGUGAGAAAAACUCACUUAUUGUGUUCCGACGAGUUCUGAAGGACAGGAGGAAAGGGUUUAAUGGAAGGAGGCUUGUACGGACCCACUCCUCUGAAGUCAGACAUCAGCUGUUAGCGGGAAAAUAACCUUUGCAAACUCGCGUGGCGCCUCUCUGGGUCGGCGGUGUUCGCCAUGGCUCUGUACGUGAAAGCCGCGGAGAUCCUGGACAAGGCGGAGAGGAAGCAGGGCGCCCUCAAAACUCUGGUCUACGACAGUAAGUUCUCCAACAUCAAGCAGCUGUUCGCGCUGGUUUGUGAGACGCAGAAGUUCUCCCCCGUCCUGCAGGAGAUCAUCGAGGCCACCAAGCUGCUGAAACACACCAAGCUGAAGCUGCAGCUGGCCAAGGUGCUGGUGUACGACCUGCUGAUGGGCCAGGGCCUGAAGUGCGGCGGCUCCUGGAAGGCGCUGAUGAUGAAGCACCGCUCCAGGCUGCAGGCCGAGCUGGCUCGCAGGAAGGUGAAGCUGGGGGUCAGCAGGAACGAGGACCUGCUCCCCGCCGGGGUCCAGCAGACACCCGGGGACAGGCUGCCCAGGUACGUGCGCGUGAACACCCUGAAGACCACCGUGGAGGAUGUCGUGGACUACAUGAAGAGGGAUGGCUUCACCUACCGGGGACAGGCCCUCAGACUGGAGGACCUGACCCUGAAGGACAGAGAGUUUGUGAAGGAUCUGCACCUGCCGGAGCUGCUGGUCUUCUCUCCUAAAGCUCACUUCCACGACCACUUCUUGUACAAGGCGGGUCACAUCAUCCUGCAGGACAAGGCCAGCUGCCUCCCAGCCCACCUGCUCAGCCCCCCUCCUGGGAGCCGUGUCAUCGAUGCCUGCGCCGCCCCUGGAAACAAAACCAGUCACCUGGCGGCUGUCAUGAAGAACCAGGGCAGGCUGUUUGCCUUUGAUUUGGACGCCAAGCGUUUGGCCACCAUGUCGACCCUGCUGCUCCGAGCAGGCGUCACCUGCCAGCAGCUGGCCAACCAGGACUUCCUGAAGGUGGACCCCGACAGCCCUCAGUAUCAAGACGUGGAGUACGUCCUGCUGGACCCCUCCUGCAGUGGAUCAGGUAUGGUGUGCCUCCGAGACAACGCCUCUACUGACAAGGAGAAGGAGAAAGAAGAGGCUCGUCUGGCCUCCUUAGCCUCCUUCCAGCUGCGAUGUCUGAAUCACGGGCUCAGGUUCCCCCGCCUGAAGCGCCUGGUCUACUCCACCUGCUCGGUCCACAGCCAGGAGAAUGAGGAGGUGGUGACAGCCUGCCUGCAGCAGAACCCCGGCUUCAGGCUGGUUCCUCUGCUGGCUCAGUGGCCUGAACGAGGCCUGGAGCCACUCUCACAGUGUCUGCGUGCGAGCACAGCCAAGACCCGCACUCACGGCUUCUUCGUGGCUCUGCUGGAGCGAUGCAGAGAGGGUGCGGAUGCCAGGCGGGAAGCAGAUGUCCUGAUCAGCCCCUCAGAUGCUAAUCCAGCUCCAGUCAGUCCAGCUGUGUCGGAGAAGAGACCUGCAGCUUCAGAGGGAGAAGAGUCUGAGGCGUCGGAGACGGAGGACGGUCCGACGCCUGCAGCAGCGGCAGAGCAGACUGACGCCACACCCAGCAAGAAGAGGAGGAGGAAGAGGAAGAAGAAAAAGAAGCAGGCAGCAGCUGAGUGAAAUUCAAAGAGACUUGUCAGAAUUAAAUGUUUUAUUUGAAUAUAUAUGUCAAGUAAAGAGAGUUGUUUCU